AUGGCUCUGCGGCGGCCAGGUGAGGCCGGACCCCACGGCAAGCUGUGCUACCCGCCCGAGAGGCUCCAGGGCGGUCCCCAACACCUGGACGCCUACUGCCCCCCAUUCCCGCCCUAUGGGCACUACGGGAACAUGUUGACCGCUGCAGAGGAAGAUUUCCAACCUUUCCCGCAGCUGGAGGCCACCGUGUCUGCAUCCCACAUUAUGCCCCCUUUUGCCUUCCGGCCCACGCCUCCCUUGCUGAGCUCCAGCCUGGCCCUGCAGAGGGAGCCGCUCUACGAUCUGUCCUGGUACAGCAAGCUGCCCCCGUGGUACCCAAUUCCCCACCUGCCCAGAGAGGUGCCGCACUUCCUCAACAGCAGCCACCACGAGUAUACAGGCGCCACCACUGAAGACUUGGGCCGUACUGGUGGCCAAAGCGACAGUGGCCAGUGCUGUGGACCUGAAAUUUUAAUGCUGCCACCGCCGCCGCCGCCACCGCCGGCUGCUAAUGCUUCCCUGUUACCUGAGGGGGCGAAGGCCACCCAGUUAUUACCUUGCUCCCCCGGCAAGUGGUCUGAGGACAGCUCCAAACUCCCGAACCAACAAGGGAAGUCGUCCCACCGCUACCACUUCACCCAGGAGGACCUGCACUUAGUUCUGUUCGGGGUCAUUCCGAGCCUGGAGCACUCAGCCACUCUGCAUCAUGCAGUUUCCGGCUUCCUGGUCCCCACAGACAGUUCUGGAUCUGAUUCUCUUUGUCGAACUCUGGAUAAAGACUCCCUUCAACUACCAGAAGGUCUCUGCCUCAAGCAGACGAUGUUUGGUGAAGUGCGGCAUUUCGGUGUAUUCUGCAGUAGCCUUGUUGCCAAAGGAGUCCGGUUUGGACCCUUUCAAGGCAAAGUUGUCAACGCCAGUGAGGUCAAGACAUAUGGAGACAAUUCUCUGAUGUGGGAGAUCUUUGAAGAUGGACAUUUGAGCCACUUUAUAGAUGGAAAAGGAGGCGCAGGGAACUGGAUGUCCUACGUCAACUGCGCCCGCUUCCCCAAGGAGCAGAACCUGGUCGCAGUGCAGUGUCAGGGGCAGAUCUUUUAUGAGAGCUGCAAGGACAUCUGCCAGAACCAGGAGCUCCUUGUGUGGUACGGAGACUGCUAUGAGAAGUUUCUGGACAUUCCCAUGAGCCUUCAGGCCACAGAGCAGGGGAGGCAGGUGCCUGGGCCCUCUGAAGAGUCUGCAGAAGGCUACAGAUGUGAAAGGUGUGGAAAAGUAUUUACCUACAAAUAUUAUAGAGAUAAGCACCUCAAGUACACCCCUUGUGUGGACAAGGGUGAUAGGAAAUUUCCCUGCUCUCUCUGUACACGAUCCUUUGAGAAGCGGGACCGGCUCCGGAUCCAUGUCCUUCACGUUCACGAGAAGCACCGGCCUCACAAGUGUUCUACGUGUGGGAAAUGUUUCUCUCAGUCUUCCAGCCUAAACAAACACACGAGAGUCCACUCUGGAGACAGACCGUACCAGUGUGUGUAUUGCACAAAGAGGUUCACGGCCUCCAGCAUCCUCCGCACACAUAUCAGGCAGCACUCAGGGGAGAAGCCCUUCAAAUGCAAGUACUGUGGUAAAUCUUUUGCAUCCCACGCCGCCCAUGACAGCCACGUCCGUCGCUCGCACAAAGAGGACGAUGGCUGCUCCUGCAGCAUCUGUGGGAAAACCUUCCCUGAUCAAGAAGCAUUCUACACCCACAGGAAGCUCCACGAGGCCUACUAG